AUGACCGAGGGCCCUAUCGCGGAACCCAACAUCAAGCAAGAUAGCGCGACGCCUGCACCCGGCGUGACUUCCGACAACCCUCUCGAUGCCCCCGAUGGCCCAGCGCCCGAGGCUACCCAAGACGAGGACAUGGCAGGUGCACGUGAUGAGGUCAAGGACGGCCAAUCGAAAGAGGGGGAUGAUGUCGGAGCUGGAACCGAUGUGGAUGGGCAGGACUCCAAGACCAAGGAGACGCUGGAAAAUGCGGCUCGGGAGCACCUCAUCUCUCAGACACACGCCAUCGUCCUGCCAAGCUACAGCACCUGGUUCGACAUGAACACCAUUAACGACAUCGAGCGCAAGGCCAUGUCUGAAUUCUUCAAUAGCCGCAACCGCAGCAAAACCCCGGCCGUUUACAAGGACUACCGCGACUUCAUGAUCAACACGUACCGUUUGAACCCGGUUGAAUACCUUACUGUCACAGCUUGCCGACGCAAUCUGGCCGGAGAUGUCUGCGCCAUUAUGCGGGUGCACUCUUUUCUUGAGCAGUGGGGCUUGAUCAACUAUCAGGUUGAUGCCGAGCAAAGACCAUCGCAUGUUGGCCCGCCAUUCACCGGCCACUUCAAGAUCAUCUGUGACACGCCCCGUGGUCUUCAGCCGUGGCAGCCGUCUUCUGAUGCAGUUGUGUCGGCUGGAAAGCCUAGCGCGGACACAGAGAAGAAAGCGUCGGCGACGUCUGGUCCCAAGACCGACGUCAACCUCGAGGUUAGCCGUAACAUAUACGAGGCAAGCGCCAAGGGCGCAAAGCUCAACAAGACGGAGCCUAAGACCAAUGGAGAUGCACCAAUUACCAAUGGCAUCUCAGGUGUCGAGGAGGCAACGAAGACGCCUAUUGUUAAGGUCAACUGCCAUACCUGCGGUAUUGAUUGCACCAGACUAUACUAUCACAGCUCUCAAACCGAUCCCAACUCCAAGACCAAGUACGACGUCUGCCCAAGCUGCUAUCUUGAGGGCCAUCUGCCUGGCAACCAGACCAGUGCUCAAUUCACAAGGAUGGAGAACCCUACUUACACAACCGUUCUUGACCGAGAUGCGCCUUGGAGCGAUGCAGAAAUCCUACGACUCCUGGAAGGUAUCGAGAGGAUGGAUGACGACUGGAAUGAGAUUGCGGACCACGUUGGCACUCGCACUCGUGAGGAGUGCGUCUUACAGUUUUUGUCCCUAGACAUAGAGGGCAAGUACGCAGACGACCUUGCUGUUAACGCACCUACGGGUCUUGCCAUGCUUGGAACACAGGGUGGCCACCUUCCAUUCAGCCAGGCGGAUAACCCUGUCAUGUCUGUGGUUGGGUUCCUCGCGGGUCUCGCAGAUCCUGCGAGCACGGCUGCUGCUGCCAACAAGUCGGCCGAGGAGCUCACACGGAAGCUGCGCAGGCGUCUGGAGGGAGACGACUCAGGCGAGCAGGCGACUACUAACGGCAAGGGCAAGGACAAAGAUGGCGACUCGAUGGAGAUUGACGUGACCACAACCACGACCACCACUACAACCACAACGACUCUGGCAACGAUCCCGAUGGCCACGAUGGGUGCCCGGGCUGCUGGUCUGGUGUCACAUGAGGAGCGCGAGAUGACGCGACUUGUUUCAGCGGCGGCCAACCUCACACUUCAAAAACUUGAACUGAAGUUGAAGUACUUCAACGAGAUGGAGGCCAUCUUGCAGGCGGAACGAAGAGAGCUUGAGCGAGGCCGCCAACAACUAUUUUUGGACCGCCUUGCAUUCAAGCGUCGUGUUCGCGAAGUGCAGAACUCCCUGAAGACAGCAGUUGAGGCGGGUGGGGAUCAGGGCCUCAAAUUGGCUCAGGACGCCAUGACGGACGGCGCGAGUCUUACGUUCCAAGCUGUUCCUGGAUCCAGUGCAGUACAGCCAUUGAGCAGCGAGGGCCAGAUCAAGAGCUUCGAGGCUUGA